AUGGGGAUUAAAUUUUUGGAGGUGAUAAAACCGUUCUGCAGCGUUUUGCCGGAAAUAGCGAAGCCCCAGAGAAAAAUUCAAUUCAGAGAGAAAGUACUAUGGACUGCAAUCACUCUCUUUAUCUUCCUCGUGUGCUGUCAGAUUCCACUUUUCGGAAUCAUGUCUUCAGACAGUGCAGAUCCUUUCUACUGGAUAAGAGUAAUUCUUGCGUCAAACAGAGGUACAUUGAUGGAGUUGGGUAUUUCUCCAAUUGUAACUUCUGGCUUGAUAAUGCAGUUGCUUGCCGGAGCUAAAAUAAUUGAAGUAGGCGACACUCCAAAAGACCGAGCGCUCUUUAAUGGAGCACAAAAAUUAUUCGGUAUGGUAAUUACUGUUGGACAAGCAAUUGUUUAUGUAAUGACUGGUAUGUACGGUGACCCAGCUGAAAUUGGAGCUGGAGUGUGUCUGUUGAUCAUCAUCCAGCUCUUCGUCGCUGGUUUGAUCGUACUGUUGUUGGAUGAGCUUCUUCAGAAAGGUUACGGUUUGGGAAGUGGUAUCUCACUUUUCAUCGCCACAAACAUCUGUGAAACAAUCGUCUGGAAGGCCUUUUCUCCGGCUACGGUCAACACUGGUCGUGGUACUGAGUUCGAGGGUGCGAUUAUUGCAUUGUUCCACCUGGUAGCAACUAAACCAGACAAAGUACGGGCCUUGAGAGAAGCUUUCUACCGUCAAAAUCUUCCUAAUCUCAUGAACUUACUCGCCACCAUCUUGGUCUUCGCUAUAGUCAUUUACUUCCAGGUAAAUAAAUUUUGUAAAUAUUUACAAGUGGGGUCAAACAUUUUAAUUUUUAUUUUUUUGAAUGAAAUUUCUAUUUGAUUUUAUUGAUAUAUUUUGUUUUUUAAAAAUACAUAAAAAAAUGAACAAUUAAAAAAUAAAAUUGAUUAUCACAAUUUUAACAAACUUUCAAAAAAUUUUAUAAAUUUUUUAGAAAAUUGUGAAAUUCAACUUUUUUUCUUAAAUUGUUUUUUUUUUUUUUUUUUUUUUUUUUUUUUAUGUACUUUUCAAAAAAAAAUCUAUGAAAAACAUGAAAAAAAGAUAGAAUAGAAAUUUUAUCCAAAAACAUGAGAGCCAAAAUUUUUUCUUUUUUGGCUCUCUUAUUUCAUACCUUUAUUUUUUAUUAUCAUAAAUGCGCCGUAAAAACAAGCAAAAUUAAAUAAAAAAUCAAAAGUUAUUUAAUAAAUUAUUUUAUUAACAAUAAUUUUAUUUUAGGGCUUCCGAGUUGAUCUACCAAUCAAGUCGACCAGGUAUCGUGGUCAAUACAGCAGUUACCCGAUAAAACUUUUCUACACCAGUAACAUCCCAAUUAUCCUGCAAUCAGCGUUGGUCUCCAAUCUUUACGUUAUCUCACAAAUGUUAGCCGUUAAAUUCCACGGAAAUAUUAUUGUAAACUUACUGGGAGUUUGGUCUGAUGUUGGUGGAGGUGGUCCGGCUAGAUCGUAUCCUGUGGGUGGUCUUUGUUAUUACUUGUCGCCACCUGAAUCCGUGGGACACAUUGUUCAAGACCCUGUUCACGCAUUCUUAUACAUUCUCUUCAUGUUGGGCUCUUGUGCUUUCUUCUCCAAGACCUGGAUUGAAGUGUCUGGAAGCUCCGCUAAAGACGUCGCUAAACAGCUAAAAGAACAACAGAUGGUAAUGAGAGGACACCGUGACAACUCAAUGAUUCACGAAUUGAAUCGUUACAUUCCAACAGCCGCAGCAUUCGGUGGUCUCUGUAUUGGAGCGCUUUCUGUUCUCGCCGAUUUCUUAGGAGCUAUUGGAUCGGGUACUGGUAUUCUUCUUGCAGUAACAAUCAUCUACCAGUACUUCGAAAUCUUUGUGAAAGAGCAGAGUGAAAUGGGUGGAAUGAGCACGUUAUUGUUCUAA